AUGGAUGACCAGAACUCCAGUGUGAUCCAGACGCCCUCGCCGACAAGGAGCAGGGGCAACACCGACACAGAGAGCAGGGGUGAUGAGGUGGAGAGGGGCGUCAUGACGGUGGAAAACAUGCUGGAGGAGUCCGCCGUGCUCUCGGCGCCUCACCUGUCCGUGGAUCGAUACGAGCGCAGCCGCCAGGGAUGCUGCGAGCGCGUGGUCAUCAACAUUUCGGGUUUACGCUUCGAGACGCAGCUGAAAACUUUCAACCAGUUUCCAGAAACGCUGCUGGGGGAUCCGAGGAAAAGGAUGCGCUACUUUGACCCACUGAGGAACGAGUACUUCUUUGACAGGAACAGACCCAGCUUUGAUGCCAUCCUCUACUACUACCAGUCAGGGGGGCGCAUCCGGAGACCUGUCAACGUCCCCAUUGAUAUUUUCUCCGAGGAGAUCCGCUUCUAUCAGCUCGGGGAGGAGGCCAUGGAGAAAUUCCGCGAUGAUGAAGGGUUUAUAAAAGAAGAGGAGCGCGUGCUGCCCAAAAAUGACUUCCAAAAGCAGGUUUGGCUUUUGUUUGAGUACCCUGAGAGCUCAGGGCCAGCCAGAGGGAUCGCCAUCGUUUCAGUGCUCGUUAUUUUGAUUUCCAUUGUGAUUUUCUGCAUGGAGACUCUGCCUGAGUUCAGGGACGAGAGGGACCAAGCCACAGUGGCACCCACGGUCAAUGGCACGGCCCCCCACGUGCCGAGCCCAUUCACAGACCCCUUCUUUGUCAUAGAGACCCUGUGCAUCAUCUGGUUCUCCUUCGAGCUGCUGGUCAGGUUCUUCGCCUGCCCCAGUAAAACUUCCUUCUCCAAAAACAUCAUGAAUAUCAUCGACAUCGUGGCCAUCAUCCCCUACUUUAUCACUCUGGGGACCGAGCUGGCGGAGAGGCAGAUCAACAGCGGCCAGCAGGCCAUGUCUCUCGCCAUCCUGAGGGUGAUCAGGCUGGUGAGGGUCUUCCGGAUCUUUAAGCUGUCACGACACUCAAAGGGACUUCAGAUUUUGGGUCAGACCCUAAAAGCGAGCAUGCGAGAGCUGGGUUUGCUCAUAUUCUUCCUCUUCAUCGGAGUUAUCCUCUUCUCCAGCGCGGUUUACUUUGCGGAAGCAGACGACCCCACGUCCAGCUUCAGCAGCAUCCCAGACGCGUUUUGGUGGGCUGUGGUUACCAUGACUACAGUGGGAUACGGGGACAUGCAUCCGGUGACCAUCGGGGGGAAAAUAGUGGGGUCUCUGUGCGCAAUAGCAGGCGUGCUGACCAUUGCCUUACCCGUGCCAGUGAUUGUGUCCAACUUCAACUACUUCUACCACAGGGAGACGGAGGGAGAGGAGCACCCACAGUACGCGCACGCGGACAGCUGUGAGCACCUCCCCUCUGAGGAGUUGAGGAGGUCAUGCAGCUCCUCGUCCCUGAGCAAGUCUGAGUACAUGGUGAUCGAGGAGGGCAUCAACAGCGCCUUCAAACAGCCCAACUUCAGCACCGAGAACAACCAGAACUGCGUCAACAUCAAAAAGAUCUUCACAGACGUGUAAACGAGCAUGAAGACUUAGUAGCUCUAAUAUUAUUUUUAUAUUUAGCCACUCGUACCGUGUCAGUCCAUAUCUGUGGGUGAGCGCUGCGUAAAUGUCCAUUUUAACAAGUUUUUUUUUUAUCGUUUCCGGUGAGUAUUUCUCACAAGUAUUAAUGUGACCGAAAAGAUUUACACCGGAAACGUCCUGUCAGGAGAGUCAAACAAGUUAUUGUCUUGUUAAAAGCGACAUUUUUUGCAGUGUACAGUGCCACUCGAUGCCUACAUAUCUCGAUGUUAAAGCGGAAGUUGUUGGUGUUUCUGAUUGGGACACACGUGUAGCAUAGUCUGCUAUAUUUGCAUUUAAACACCAGUCUGAAAAAAAAACGACGUCUUUGUGCUUCGUGGAGAGAAAAGAACUUCAUCGUCCAGUAACGUAAUGAAUAGACUUUAUAGCCAAAUACUGCCUGUUUAGGUUCUACUGAAUAUCAUAACCUGUCCAAAUGUCGGAUUGUUAUUCAGGUAAUAACACUACGUGGUGUCAGUGGAAACGCUUAUCAUGAGUAAUAAGUCGAGCUUUUCGUAAAAUUGUAUUUUUAUUCACAACUGCCUAUAUAGCCUCUAUUAAAUAAACCAGAAUAUGACAUGGUCACACGUGAAAUGUCCUUUAAUACCGAUCACGCAGCCCAUCCUACGGAAGCCCAUUAGUGCCUCUUUAAAAGGAAAAAUAUGACAGUUUAGACUUUCAAAAUAAAUAAAUAUUGCACCCUAUAUUGAAAUGAUAAGACGGUAUGUUAUACUGAGAUAAAAAUUUAUAAUUAUGAGAUAGUAUGAUUAUGAUAUGGUGAUAAAAAGUCAG